GGAGACGUUAUAUCUCAGGAAGGCAGUCGCGUUGAAACGGCGCCCGAUGUCGGACGCACGGAUGUGCAUGGACAGUUUCGGACAGUCGCGCACCGCGGACACUUCCGGUGCGUGUCACGCGCGUAACAAGAGCCACUUUUAAAGAGCGCGACGUACAUCGAGGAUCGAUUUGAAAUUAUUCCGAAAGUAAUCGACGAUUAUUUCGUGCAAAUUGUGCGGCGGUGAACGCUAAGAAAAAAAAAAGUUUGAGCGAGAAAAACAUAGAUGAUAAGGAUUUGUAUCGCACGAGAUACAGAUAUCGAUUCAGAGAAGAGAUAUAAAAAUAUUGAUAUUUACGCGCGAUGUGCAGCGACAAGUGCCCAGUUACGUCACGCAGAGUAAAAUUGCUGGAGGGAUGCCCGAAAUUUUUCCAACGGCGAGACGCAUAAUCGCGUAACUGCUUGCAAGAGUUGCUGGGUCUCGUGUCGCAGUCAACAUGUUUCUACCACCAAGAAAUUAUAAUAGUUAAAAGAACGAACUGUUCUGAGGGUCACUGCAGAGGAAGCACGCAGCUCCAAGAAGACAAGUCACUCGACGGACAAUAAUCUAAGAAACCGCCAUGGAAACGCACAGGAACGAAGACAUCAAACGAAUUCAGAAGUACAUGAUCGACAGGCUGGAAUCGGAAUCCAAGCGUUGCGACCGCGACGCCAUAUUCGGGCCAGGCUGGUGUCCAGAGAUUUGGGAUGGGAUACUAUGUUGGAACUCGACGGCACCUGGACAACUGGCCGUUCAGCAGUGCCCCUCUUACUUCGUGGGCUUCGACUCUCGUGCGUUCGCCUCGAGGCAAUGCAUGUCGAAUGGCCAGUGGUACUGGAACGCCGAGACCGACAGCACGUGGAGCAACUACAGCCAAUGCUACCCGGCGUCGAUGGUCACCGUCCUGAUGAACAUAACGGACAUGCAGGCGAACAACGCCACUCUCAUUAAGAAAUUCUUCCCGAUUGUGAAGACCAUCUCGAAACUCGGUUACUCGAUCUCGCUGUUCACCCUCAUCAUCGCGUUUUGCAUUUUGGCCACGAUCAAUUUGUCUCCCAUCGGACGUAGGAAAUUGCGAUGCCCGCGGAACAUAUUGCACAUGCACCUGUUCGUCUCGUUCGUGAUGCGUGCCUUCAUGGCGCUACUGAAGGACAUACUCUUCGUGUCCGGGAUCGGGCUGGCGGACGCCGUGAUCAAAGUUAACGAGGGCUACUGGCUGCUCGACGAGAAGGAGAGCAAUUGGCAGUGCAAGACGUUCACCAGCCUGUGGCAGUACUUUAUCCUCGCGAACUACUCCUGGAUUCUGAUGGAGGGUGUAUAUCUGCACAAUCUGGUCUUCCUCGCGCUCUUCACCGACUCCAGCUCCAGCAUCACGGGCUACAUCGUCUUCGGAUGGGGUUUGCCAGCCAUAUUUAUCUUACCCUGGGUAGUCACGAGGAUCAUAUUCCAGGAUACGUAUUGCUGGACGACCAACGAGAAACCUCUCUUGUUCCUCUUCAUACGGGUACCCACGAUGCUCUCUAUUUUGAUAAAUUUUGUGCUCUUCAUCAACAUCGUGAGGGUGCUGCUGGUGAAACUCAAGUCCACCAUGUCGGAAGAAACAGAAAGAUACAAGCGAUGGGCUAGAAGCACGUUAGUACUGGUGCCGCUCUUUGGAGUUCACUACGCGUUCUUUAUUGGGAUGUCGUACAGCAUCGGCGUAAACGAAACCGUGGAGGUCGUGUGGCUCUUCUGCGACCAGCUGUUCGCAUCUUUCCAGGGCUUCUUCGUGGCGGUGCUGUACUGCUUCCUGAACGGCGAGGUGCGGGCCGAGGUGUCGAGGACGCUCCGCGGCGUCAAGUGGUCGCGGCUACGCGGGAUCCGAUGGGGCUCGCGGCCGUCGACGCAUUCGGUCAGCACGUGCAGCUGCAGCAACGUCGCGAAACCCGGCAACGGGAGCCGCCGGCAGUCGAAGAGGUCCAGCUGGUGGAAGUCGCGCUGGAAGACGCCGCCCGUCUGCCUUUACCAGGACCGCGCUACUCGUCGGUCCACCCACUCGAUGGCGAGUACACAAGAUGUUAGAACGAGAGGAGGUAGUCUAGCGAGCAGCCGGGAUUACCUAGAGAUCGCCGGUAACGGCCAGCCGCCGCCGACGGCGACGCGGCCGGCGACGCAGGAUCAUCAAACCCAUCAUACAUCGCCCCUGUGCAGCAAGUACACGGAUCAAUCGCUGCUCUCCUUCUGCUCGAUGUCAGAUGCGUCGGGGCCGAAUGUCGACAGGAUCCGCGACCAGCAUCGAUGGAGUGACUCCGAGUGCUGUCACCUCGCAUACGAGUUGCACAAUCUACAGCCGCAUCGCGGACAUCCGUGAUAACGCCCGCAUUUCACGGCAGGAAGAAAAAAAAUGCAUGUCGCACUUGUCCUAUAAACGUUCCACGCGCGUUUAAACGAACGCGCAUACCGUCCUUCAAAAAGGAUGGGAAAAAA